UACGACUACCUGUUCAAGCUUCUCCUCAUCGGUGACUCCGGUGUCGGAAAGUCUUGCCUGCUGCUGCGUUUUGCCGAUGACACCUACACCGAAAGUUAUAUCUCCACCAUCGGUGUGGACUUCAAAAUCCGGACCAUCGAACUUGACGGCAAGACGGUGAAGCUUCAGAUUUGGGACACUGCUGGUCAGGAACGGUUCCGGACCAUCACAUCCUCGUACUACCGGGGCGCCCACGGCAUCUGCGUGGUGUACGACGUGACCGACAUGGACUCUUUCAACAAUGUCAAGCAGUGGCUCCAGGAGAUUGACCGCUACGCUACGGAGGGUGUCAACAAGCUCCUCGUUGGCAACAAGAGCGAUAUGGAGGACAAGAAGGUUGUGGAAUACACAGUGGCCAAGGAAUUCGCCGACAGCCUUGGAAUUCCCUUCCUGGAGACAUCUGCCAAGAACGCGUCGAACGUGGAGCAGGCGUUCUUGACAAUGGCACGACAGAUCAAGGAGCGCAUGGGCACGGCCACGGCGAACAACAAGCCGACUGUGCAGGUGGGUCAGGGCCAGGGCGUCCAGUCCGGCUCGGCCGGCGGUUGCUGCUGA